AUGGCCUCUGAUUUCCGGUGCAUUAUGACAGCAUUUUCUCCAAUCGUGUACGCGAACCCGGCAAACAAAGACCCUUCCGAUAUGAACCCGGCUACGGCCAAGCAGUACUACAUUUUGGCCACCGCGUCGGCAGAGAGCACUGUUGCGAUCUGGAACACUGCCUCGAGUGCGCCGCUCAUUAUUGCAAACGAGGUCAGUCUCAGCGCGAUUCAGGAUAUGUGCUGGAGUGCCGACGGCCGUCUACUCUUCAUAUCGACAGCCGCGGGCGAGCUGUUGAUAGGUGUUUUUGGAGAGGGCGAGUUGGGAACCGCAGUCAUUCCACUGGACAAAAAGAUGCAGCUGGAACAGGCUGUGGCGGAAACGCUUGCAGGACAGCUGAAGAGACGCGAUAAGUGGAUCAAGGAAAAUGAGUCAGUCAAGGAGCCCGUUGCGGCCCCUGCUACCGACCCUAAGAAGACGGCAGUUAAAAAAGAAUCCAAUGGGCCUGCUGUUCCAGAGGUGUCUACGGUUCCGGUGGAUCUUAAAAAACGGCCUGCUUCGACAGCGGAUUUCGAUGCACCAUCAACGUCAGUUCCUCGGGAACUCUCGCAGAAAGCAAACAAAAUUAUCAAGAAGGACGACAGCGCCCAAAACGGCAAGAAAAAGAGAGAGCUAGAACCGUUGGAUUUUAUUGGCUCUGUGGUGCUCAAUCCGCAGCUCUCGUUUAGUAAUGUGAGGAUUUCCGUGGCCAAAGUGCGACUCAAUUUUUUCUACACCUUGCCAGAGGAUGAGUCCUUAUAUUUAGAGGUGAAGAAUGGCACAGGAUUUGAGUCGUCACCCACACGGAUCGCACUAAUGAAGAAGCUGUCAGAAGAAAAUAGAAAGCAGAUAUUUGUGGAUUUUAUUCCGCACAAGGUGCACUUGGUGGCUGCCACCGAAAAGCAUUGGGCCGUGUCGACAACCAAUGGACAGAUAAUAGUUUACGGCAGCUCGGGGCGCCGCGUACUGCCUCCCUUGAUUUUGGGGUCGCCUCUGUCUUUUAUGGAAAUGAAAAACCAGUAUCUGCUGGCCGUCACGAGCGUGGGAGAGAUGUACGCUUGGGACUUGGACGUUCCUAAGGCCCUUUUCAGACCAACGUCGCUGUACCCUUUAUUGCAGCCGAUAUACCGCGCCAAUCAGUACGAGACAAUCACAGAGGCCAACGGACUGGUGUUUGUGAAUGGGGAUCUUCUCACGCGGUCUGAAAACCUUACCAUGUGUUCAAUUUCCAGCACAGGAGUUCCCAUAGUCACUCUCAGCAACGGCAACGGGUACUUGUACGACAAAAACAUGAACUCAUGGUCUCUAAUUAGCGACUCCUGGUGGGCGUUCGGGUCACAAUACUGGGAUUUCACAAGGUCGCAGAUCGAGGAUGAGUCCAUCGUUGGUGUUUUGGAAAGUCGCACAAAUGAAGAGCUUCUGCGUCGAGGAAAGGGCCGUCUUCUGAAUAAAAUAUCCAAGGUAAUGUUGAUGAAAGAGGGAUACGAGAACCUGGAGACGGUGAUUUCACUCAACCAUCUCGAAAACAAAAUAUUAGUGUAUCAACAGCUGCAGGACGCGAAGAGUUUUAAAAGCUAUCUGAUUCUCUACGUGAAAAGACUAUGCGAGCUCAAUCUCAAAAAUCGCCUGAUUGAGUUGUUCGAGGAACUCUAUUUUAGCAAAGAGGGAAAGAUAUGCGGUUUGGAUACAGCAGAACUAUUGAAAACGCUUAUUCUCAGUUGCUCCAAAUAUAGAGAGGUGCAAAGAAUACUGGUGGUGUACGGAGAGAACACUGGUCUUCUGGAAGAUGACAUACUGUAA